ACUUAGAGCAAAAUUUUGUCAAAAACAACACUAUUUUUGAAGUUGCGGGUGUGCUAAACUUAUUUUCUGGGAUGCUUUCCCGUGUUUUGUUGUAAUUGGAAUUUUUCGAGUCACGUUCACAUCUCUGUGCCUAAUCUCAUCCCCAGUUUCUAAAUCAAAAAAAAAAAUAGAUAUAAUUUGACACAUUGGCCGGUCUGUUGCUUAACCAACACAGUUGCAUAAAAUGUUCACGAAUUGCUUACGAUUUAGUCGUGCUGCACGGGAACUGCCGCGAGUUCUUGCUGUACAACAAGAACUAAUCCUGAUAAAAUCGAGAAACUUCUCGCUAUCGCAAGCUGUCGAAAAGUUUAAUUUUAAAUCGGCUGUACCUAAGUUCUGUUGUUCGGUGACGUCUCCAUCCGUCUAUACUAAUAAACGGUUAUACGCAAAGAAAAUGGCUUUAAAAAGUUUCGAAGAACUUCAAGUUGUUCCAGACGUAAUUAGCGUUGCACCCACAGAAUUGUUGAGUGUUAGCUAUGGCGGAGGUGUAGAAGUUAAAGAGGGCAAUGUUUUGACUCCCACCCAGGUCAAAGAUCAACCUACUCUAAGUUGGAAUGCGGAUUCAAGUGCCUUUUACACAGUUUGCAUGACUGACCCAGACGCCCCCAGUCGCAAAGAACCCACAUACCGUGAAUGGCAUCAUUGGCUUGUAGGAAAUGUUCCCGGCAGUGAUAUAAGCGCCGGUGAAGUUUUGUCUGCCUACGUUGGUUCCGGACCUCCACAAGGUACAGGAUUGCAUCGCUAUGUUUUCCUGGUAUACAAACAGAAUGGCAAGCUUACAUUCGAUGAAGCUCGCUUGCCCAAUAACAGUGGAGACGGUCGUGGUUGCUUUAAAAUUUCUUCAUUUGCCGAAAAAUAUAAGCUAGGCAAUCCCGUAGCCGGCAAUUUCUAUCAAGCCGAAUGGGACGAUUAUGUACCCAAAUUGUACGAGCAAUUGUCUGGCAAAUAAACUGCAAUUAUUCAAUACGUAUAAGCAACACUGCAGAGAUUAUGCUGGAAGCAGACAACUCUGAGAAGUGUUUAAAAAUGUCUACAUUCUAUAGAAAUAUAAUCAAUUACAUAACAUGUAGAGAUGAAUCCAAGUUUCGUUGAAACAUAUGUCUAAAAAAAAACAAAAACUUGAAGCAUUUUUGACCUGUCGAGAGAAUGUAUGUAUGUUGUUUUUCUAUUAAAUAAAUCAGCAACAGCUUCUUAAAAAUGAAA